UUGAAAUAUUUUGCAUCUUGCUGCAGUGUGCUUUGUGGGUCGUUUGCAGGUUCGAAGAAAACUGCCGAAGAAUUCGAUACGUUGUCGCCGAAUGAGUCAAAGCGUCGACUACGAAUUUUAGCAAAAAAGAUGGACAUUAAUCAGGACGGAUUUGUCGACUUUGAAGAGUUGGUCGAAUGGAUCAAGACGUCCUUGCGACAGCUGGAUGAGGAAGAGCUCGAUGAACGCUUUGAAGAGGCGGAUGAAAACCAUGACGGAAAGAUUUCUUGGGAAGAGUACAAAAAGGAGGCGUUCGGCGACGAUAACGAUUUCAGCAUGGAAAACCCGGAUGACCGGGUAUUGUUAAGUGUUGAAGAUCUGCUAAAUCUUGGCCGACUCAGCUCUAAGACUAAACUCAUGGAAGAGGACCGUCGUUAUUUCACAGCAGCCGAUAUGGACGGUAACGGACUUUUAACGAAGGAAGAGUUUUAUGCGUUUCAGAACCCGGAAAACCAUCCUCACAUGCACAGGUCCUUGAUCGACAGCAUUCUCAAAGAGAAGGAUAGCAAUAAAGACGGUUUCAUCGACAUGAAAGAGUACCUUGGUGAAUACGCGCACACGAAAGAAAAUGAAUGGUACUCUAUCGAGCAAGGUCGUUUCCGUGAGUACGACAAGAACGACGACGGUAAGUUGGAUACUUCUGAAAUGAAGGACUGGCUCGUGCCAGACGUAAACGAGACGGCGAACGCCGAAGCCAAACAUUUGAUGUCUGAGGCUGACGCGAACGACGACGGCAAGUUGUCGUACGUCGAAAUAGAAAAUCAGUAUGGCCUGUUCGUUGGCAGUGAGGCGACCAGUUACGGCGAACAGCUCAAAGACAUCGUCCAUGAAGAACUUUGA